UAUUCAUCUCAAAUUUCCCGCCGAGUGCACCGUGUGCUGACACAUGAGCAGAGGCAGCCGAGAGAUAGAGCGGAGGCUCCUCCGCCUCCUCCACGGCCGCGACACCCGCACCCACCUUACCGAGAUCCACGGCCAUCUUCUUCGCCACCAGCUCCACCACUCCAACCAGCUUCUCUCCCACUUCAUCUCCAUAUGUAGCUCCCUCAGCAAAAUGCCUUACGCCCAACGUAUAUUCUUGCAGGCUGCCAACCCUAACAUCUUCCUCUUUAACUCCAUGAUAAAGGGCUAUUCCCUUUGUGGGCCCUUCGAAAACUCGUUUUGUAUGUUUUCCGUCAUGAAAAAGCGCGGGAUUUGGCCGGAUGAAUUCACCUUUGCACCUUUACUCAAGGCGUGCGCCAAUUUCGGAGAUUUAAAAUUGGGUCGUGGGGUACAUAAAGAAGUUCUGGUUCUUGGAUUUGCGAGAUUUGGAUCGAUUAGGAUUGGGAUUGUGGAGUUGUACGUGAACUGUGAGAGAAUGGUGGAGGCCAAAAGGGUGUUCGACAAAAUGUCUCACAGGGAUGUGAUUGUUUGGAAUUUGAUGAUUCGUGGGUAUUGCAAAAGUGGGAAUGUGGAAAUGGGGUUGCGCUUGUUUAGACAAAUGAGUGAGAGGAGUGUUGUUUCUUGGAAUACAAUGAUUUCAUGUCUGGCACAGAGUGGGAGGGAUAUUGAAGCUUUGGAGAUUUUUCGUGAAAUGUUGUGUGAGGGGCUUGAGCCUGACGAGGCCACAGUUGUGACAAUGUUGCCAGUGUGUGCUCAUUUGGGUGAAAUUAACAUUGGGAGAUGGGUUCAUUCUUAUGUUGAGUCGAGUGGCCUCUAUAAUGAUUUUGUUUCGGUGGGCAAUGCACUAAUGGAUUUUUACUGCAAGACUGCGGAAUUGGAGAAAGCUUUUGAGGUUUUCAAGGAUAUGCCUAGGAAAAAUGUGGUUUCUUGGAAUGCAAUGAUCUCGGGAUUGGCUUUCAAUGGAAAAGGUGAACUUGGGGUAGAAAUGUUUGAGGAGAUGACGAAUCAUGAAGGUACAAGUCCUAAUGAUGCAACUUUGGUGGCAGUUUUAGCAUGCUGUGUCCAUGCAGGUUUGGUGCAAAGAGGCCGAGAUUUCUUUGCUUCCAUGGCAAAACAUUAUCAUAUAAAACCCAAACUGGAGCACUAUGGAUGCAUGGUCGAUCUUCUUAGCCGUAGUGGUUGUGUGAAGGAGGCUUAUGAUUUGAUACGGAUCAUGCCUAUGAAGCCAAAUGCUGCCAUAUGGGGUGCAUUGCUCAGUGCUUGUCGCACUUACGGUGACAUGGAGCUUGUGGAGCAUGCAGUUAAGGAGCUAAUCAAUCUUGAACCUCAGAAUUCAGGCCAUUAUGUGUUGUUAUCCAAUAUUUAUGCUGAGAGGGGUAAUUGGAGUGGUGUUGAGGAGGUAAGAAUAUUGAUGAAAGAAAGCCGUGUUAAUAAAACAAUGGGGCAGAGCAUAGUUGGAUAACUAUAUUGGGGGGGUUGAAGUCCAUGGUUUUGCUGGAUACACCCUCCUAAGUCACCAAGUCAGGAACCCUUUCAUCUGUAGUGGCCUCCAAACAGAAUUUACUAAUGAGAAGUGUGAUGCAUUUGAAAACAAUGUCCCAAUUUUCUUAAAAUUUGAUCUUUAUGGCGGGAUAAAUGGGACAAGCGAGAAUAUUGCACUAAAAAAGUAGCAUGCAAUAAUAUGUCUUGGAUUCUUUGACCUGUCUUUGAUGCUUCCUCAGCAAAGUCUCUCAGAAAACAUGAAAGGAUAUCAGAUGCAGGAAAGGACAGUUUCAUGCAUAUGGUUGGUGAUCAAUAUAAGCAUUAGUGCAGUGAAGAAAAUGUAAUAUAUCUUGGCCUCUUGACUCGUGAUCGGAGAUAAAACAAUCAAAUUCGUCAAUCUUAAAUUUCUCUUAUUCUGUUUCACAGAAUGCUAGCAUCCCUUGUGUCAAGGACCGCAGCCUUACUUAGCCCAUUGACACAAUCGCAGCCGCAGUUUGCGCAACUUCGGCCGUACAUUGUAAAUAUUAUUUCAA